GCCGCCGGCUCUCGAUCUGAUUCCCGAUCCCUGAUUCUUAGAUACAUGGUUCCGCCAUGGGUGCUUGAGCGUCCCCCAUUGCCCCCGGCCCCCCUGCCCCCGGGCCUUGAGGGGGCAGAGGCAGCGGCCUGGGACGAAGAGGGGGUGACCAGGCUCGAGCCCCCUCCACACCCGUCUGUCCCCACACCCGGGCUGGGAGCGCGGAGUUCGGAGCUACCCGAGGCGCUGCGGAUACAAAGGCGCGGAGCCGACCAAGGCGCCCGUGGAGUCCACUGGGCAGGUCACAGCGGCGGGGGCGUUGCUUGAUUUUCUCUGAGAGAAGCCCACCUGUCCAGCAAAAUAGAGUCCCUCAGGGUGACGGUUGAUUUCCUGAAGGUGCCCCUCGGCCUGAAGAAGCCGGUGCUGAAGGAGGUGGCUGUGAGGCCCCCGCAAAGGCCUCAGCCUGUGGCCCUGGAGCGCUAUAAGGCACGGCGUUCAGACGCCAUGGACACUGAAUCCCAGUAUUCGGGCUAUUCUUACAAAUCGGGCCACUCCCGCAGCUCCCGAAAGCACAGGGACCGACGGGACCGACACCGCUCUAAGAGCCGAGAUGGGAAUCGUGGGGAUAAAUCGGUGACAAUCCAGGCUCCAGGGGAGCCCCUGCUGGACAAUGAGUCCACUCGAGGGGAUGAGCGGGAUGACAACUGGGGGGAAACGACCACGGUAGUAACAGGUACUUCAGAACACAGCAUCUCCCAUGAUGACCUCACCCGAAUCACCAAGGACAUGGAGGACAGUGUCCCAUUGGACUGCUCCCGUCACCUGGGGGUGGCUGCUGGUACCACGCUGGCGCUGCUCUCCUUCCUCACACCAUUGGCUUUCUUGCUGCUGCCUCCUCUGCUGUGGCGGGAGGAGUUGGAGCCCUGUGGGACAGCCUGCGAAGGCCUCUUCAUCUCUGUGGCCUUCAAGCUUCUUAUCUUGCUGCUGGGCAGCUGGGCCCUGUUCUUCCGCCGUCCCAAGGUCUCACUGCCCCGCGUCUUCGUGCUGCGUGCCCUGCUCAUGGUGCUCGUCUUCCUGCUUGUUGUCUCCUACUGGCUCUUCUACGGUGUGCGCAUCCUGGAUGCCCGGGAACGCAGCUACCAGGGUGUGGUGCAGUUUGCUGUUUCGCUGGUGGAUGCCCUGCUCUUUGUACACUACCUGGCAGUGGUCCUGCUGGAGUUGCGCCAACUGCAGCCUCAGUUCACACUCAAGGUUGUACGCUCCACUGAUGGAGCCAGCCGCUUCUACAACGUGGGCCAUCUCAGCAUCCAGCGAGUGGCAGUGUGGAUCCUGGAGAAGUAUUACCAUGACUUCCCUGUCUACAACCCCGCCCUUCUCAACCUGCCCAAGUCCGUGCUGGCCAAGAAAGUGUCUGGCUUCAAGGUGUAUUCCCUCGGAGAGGAAAACAGCACCAGCAACUCCACAGGCCAGUCCCGGGCUGUGAUUGCUGCAGCAGCCCGGAGGCGGGACAACAGCCACAAUGAGUACUACUACGAGGAGGCAGAGCAUGAGCGGAGGGUGCGCAAGCGGAGGGCCAGGCUUGUGGUGGCAGUGGAGGAGGCCUUCACUCACAUUAAGCGGCUGCAGGAAGAGGAGCAGAAGAACCCCAGGGAGGUGAUGGACCCCCGGGAGGCAGCCCAGGCCAUCUUUGCAUCCAUGGCUCGUGCCAUGCAGAAGUACCUCCGGACCACCAAGCAGCAGCCUUACCACACCAUGGAGAGCAUCCUGCAGCACCUGGAGUUUUGCAUUACACAUGACAUGACACCUAAGGCCUUCCUAGAGCGGUACCUGGAGGCCGGACCCACCAUCCAGUACCACAAGGAACGCUGGCUGGCCAAACAGUGGACACUGGUGAGCGAGGAGCCGGUGACCAAUGGGCUUAAGGAUGGCAUUAUUUUCCUUUUAAAGCGCCAGGACUUUAGCCUGGUGGUCAGCACCAGGAAGGUUCCCUUCUUUAAACUCUCUGAGGAGUUUGUGGACCCCAAGUCCCACAAGUUUGUUAUGAGGCUGCAGUCUGAGACCUCAGUGUGACUAUGUAACAGCAGUGGGAGGCUGGGUGGUGGGGGAGCUCAUAGGGCGAUGGGGAGGGCUUGGUGCUCAGGCUCAGCCCCCUUCCUGCAGCUCUUACCCAUCUUACCCUCUUUUUUUUUUUUUUUACUUGAAUUAACUUACCCGUACUCUGUCUCUUCCUCAUUCACCUCAUUGGAACCUGGAGAAACCAUCUUGCUGCCAGCAGUACCUGGGAAAUCCGUCUCCUCUGCCCUCACUUUUGUAUCUUUCCAGGCCCUAUAGGAACCACUGCUUCUCUCCCUCUCCUCUCCGUGGAUGAUGGUCUUUUUUUGAAAGUGCACAGGGCUUUCCUGAGCCCCCACUCUCAAACCCAGGUUCUUGUGGCUGUUCUCUCUAGCGGCUCCUGACAGGCUGUCUCUGGAGGACACAAACAUGACUCCAGAGAACCGCAGUGCCAAAUUCUCCAGGGCAGCAGUUUCCUGAAACCUCCAGACAGCAGGUGAUUCACCCCUUUCGCAACUCACUCCACCUGUAACAGACCCUGAAUUCUUGAGUCAAGGAUAUAUGCCUGUGUCUUCCCACACAGCCCCAGAGUUAGGGGUCCCUUGUCAGGGUUAUUUGCUCCUAGUCAUUAGAGCCUCCCACACCAGCCACACAUACUCAGAGCAAGGGAAUAUCUCUUCUUUACUCUGAAAUCUCCACCUUUUGUUUUUGACUUGUAUGGUCAUGUGUGACCAUGGGUAAACUGAGGCAGAAACUGUCUGUGACCUCCUUUCUUCCUAUGGUUCUCUCCUAGGCAGCCCUUGAGGGAAGGGUAGGAGAGGACCCCCCCCCCCCCCCCGAACAUCACUGAUCCUUGCCCUCUGAACCUCCCCUCCACCUUCAUUCCCACCUUAGUGCGGCAGGUUCCUCUUUCCAGGGAAGGAUGGCAUGUAGACUCCUGUACAGAAUUAGUGGCUUGUGGACCCCAACCCAACACCAGUGGUCUUAGGCAAACAUUUUUCUUUCUUUCAUAGCUACCCCCAGUCUUGCUGUCUCUGUUCAGCUCUAGAGACCUGAUGCCUCAUCUCUUUUUUAGGGGGAGGCAGCAGCUCCUCUUCAUCCCCUGCCUUAAGUCCACCUCUUUUUCUCAGGGGUCUUUUUUCCUUGGCUGCCAGGGUCCCUUCCUCUUCUCUCUCUGCCUGGUUCUCUGGGCUCUGGUCUCCCUCUGUGUUGAGGUGAAGGACCAGGAUUGCUGCCUUUUGUGGGUACUUAGCCCUUUACUCCAUUUACCUUUAAUAGUCUUUUCACUCAAUCUGAAUUCUUGAGAAUUUCCAUCUCAUUUUGAGCAAAAUGAGAUGGAAAUUAACUGGCCCUCUUAAAACAUGUAUUUAGUGUAAAUCUGAGCCUUUAAAUCAUGUAGUUUUAGCCAAGGGGAAUAGAACUAGGAAGUAUCCAGAUACCUCCAUCCAGGAUCCAUAUAGUGGAUCAUUCUAGUGACUGGGCUGGUACAUACCCAGGGUCUGUCCUCUAAUAACUCAUGAUGCUCCUGGUAGGUCCAUCUUUUCCCUGGAAAGCUCAUUGGUUGUUGCCUUGUAGAGUGUACCCUAGAUUAAGAUCCCCACUGAUGUCUCAGCAGGGAGGCUUCCUCUCUGUGUUGUGGCAUUCCUGGGCUUGGUGGACCCUAGUGAUGGGCAUUUCUCCUGCUGUUCUUUCUGAAAAAGCACAUUUGUCCACCCACCACUUACUAGAGAAGGGCUCUUCAGCCAGUGCUUACCUUACUCCCAGAGGGUUGGUUUUCGGGGCUGACUUAGGCAGGGCCUGGAGGUCUGCCUCAGCCAGGAGCUGUGGGUUUUGGAUAGACCUGAGGGAAAUACAUCCUUUCCUGGAGGUACUGGGAAGGUAUCUUUUCUUUAGAGACCUGGUUUGGGAAGAGACCCUCUGGGUCACAUUUCUAAAUACCUCACUAUCCUGGAAAAUAGGGCCUGGAUGGUGAUUGGGGUCAUUGCCUUUGUGGGCAGGAAUGGGAUAUGGUAUGGUUUAAGGACUGAGUUGGAAACUAUUUGGGAUCUUUGUUGCUGCCCUAGGUUAGGGGCACAGGAGUAUUUAUUUUGAGAACCUGCCAUGUUUUUAAUCACUGUGAUGUUUUCAUUCCUUUUUCCUAAAAGAAUCUCCCUUCCCCACCCCACCCCCCUCCCACCAACUCUAAGCACUAAGGGCCAUGACUAAGAAUGGGGUCUUUUGGUCCUUUGCAUCAGAACUGUGGUAUCUUUGUUUUCUUUGAUUAUUAUUAUUAUUUUUUUUUAAAUGUUGGGAUGAAUUGUCAAGUGUAUGGCUAUGUUUGUCCUUUGCUUCUCCUGUAUGGAAGGUUGUCUUCAUGCUGUGACCUGCUGUGGGACAUGCAGCUGACUCAGUCCCUCUGAGCAGUGUCCUUCACUUUGCCUGUUCCAUCAUUCUCCAGAUUUUCUCAUUCUUCCCUGUGGGGUGCCCACCUAUUGCCACAGCCCCUCACUCCUACCCUUUUCCCUGUCAUUGUAGGGGAUACUGUGGCUGUGUGGCCAGGUCUUUCCCACGUUCUCUUUCUCUCUCUGACUGUGUGGCACCCUAGUGCAGCCCCACUAGGUUUUUCUUUUCAUCACUUUGGAACACUCACCCUCCAUUCCUUUUUACCAGGACACUGUGCCUCAGUCCUACACCUACCUCGCCACUCUGUGGCUGUCCCCAUUGGUCCCUUUCUGUAAUCUACUCUUUGUACUGUGUUUAUUCUUGCUUAUUUCCCUUUUGUCUCUUAUAUUCUUCCCCCUGCAUUUCAGCCCUAAUUUCUCACUUCCCCACCCCCACCUGGUUAUUCCUGUUGUAAACCCUGCGAGGAGACAUUGGGAUCCCUGAUCUUUUCAUAUCAAACAUCUGUUUCCCAUAGUUUGUGCUUCACUGUUGGGCCCAGAUGAGUUCUCCAACCCUCUGUAGUGUCUGUCAGUCUGUCUUCUCAUUUUUCUGUCCUCUCCACGGGCAGCAUCUGCUGAUGGACUUGGUCCUGGUGUGUGUUUGUUGUGAUUUGUUCUCUGUGUGCGAAAGGAAGAGGGCUUUUUGAGUCUCUUCCAAGUGAGAUUGUAAAUGUAGAAUUUUCUACUGUUGGAUUUAGACAUUUUUCUUUUCUUUUUUUUGGGGGGGGAGGGGUGGUUUACAGAACUGAGACCUUGUGCAUGCGUGUAGAAAAUUGUAAAAUGUAAAUUUCUCUUUAAUAUAUAAAAAGCUUGUUUUUAUAGUUUGCAGUGAAUCUAAACAUUAUGGCAAUUUUAGGGAUUUUUUCUUAAACAUAGGAACUAAAACUGUACAAACUUUUUUUAAUAUAAAUAAAGACAUUUGACUUUUGCGGGGCAUUUUCUUGUUUUUC